GGGGCAUCUGAACUUGGGUAUAAAAAGGGAAUGACCUCUGCCUUCUGCACCUCAUUCUUCAGCUGCUUCUCCCUGGUGAAGAUCUCCUUCCAUCGUUCAAGAUGAAUUUGAAGGUGGUGGUUGUGCUCCUCGGGGUGAUAGCCCUCGUCGCUGCUGCUCCAAGACGAGGAGGUGGAGGCUUUGGAGGAGGAGGUGGAUUUGGAGGUGGAGGUGGACACAGAGGUGGUGGAGGAGGAUUCGGAGGAGGAGGUGGUGGUGGACUCGGUGGAGGUGGAUUCGGAGGUGGAGGAGGUUUUGGAGGAGGUGGCAGCCACGGUGGAGGAUUUGGAGGAGGUGGUGGUUUCGGAGGAGGUGGAGGAUUUGGGCGCUAGAAUUCUCCAGGGAAAAUCUUCUUUGUUUCUCUUUUUGUGUUUUUGUUAUAGGUAAAUAAAGACAGAAAACGAUA